GUGUCGGCAAGGGAGAUAAGUGCCUGCGUACUUCCGGCAGAGGCAACCCACUGGCGAGGAUGGAUGCACAAGCUGACGAUCGCAAAAAGCUGAAGCAAAUCAAACAGCUAUUGACAGAAGUGACAACAGAAGAAGAGAGGAAACAACUGAAAAAACUGAAAAUAAAAAUAAAGAAAAGGUUGGCAAUAAACGAUGAUGAUAAGGUUCAAGCAAAGAAACGUAAAGUGGAAGCUCCAUGCAUGGAAAAUUCUGAAGCAGAAGUAGAAGAAAAGAUAAACACUGAGGUAACAGAAAAAGAUGAACUUGAAGUUCCUUUCAAAAAGGCCGACACUAAAGAUGAAGAGGAAGAUGGAGAUUCAAGUGAUAAAGGAAAUUCAACUGCUUCCAAACUCACUGUAGCUGUUGCCUUUGAUUCAUCAUUCAACACUCUGAAGGACUAUAUCUCAGAGCAAACUUCAAAAGCAGUGGUAGACAUGGGUUUUACUCAUAUGACUGAAAUUCAGGCAAAAGCCAUUCCCCAUUUGCUAGAAGGAAGGGAUCUUAUGGGUGCAGCCAAAACAGGAAGUGGAAAGACUCUGGCAUUUCUCAUUCCAGCCAUAGAGCUUGUGUUUAAACUGAAGUUCAUGCCACGUAAUGGAACAGGUUGUAUAGUCGUAUCCCCUACUAGAGAACUGGCAAUGCAGACCUUUGGAGUUCUAAAGGAACUUCUUAAAUAUCAUCACCAUACAUAUGGUCUGGUUAUUGGUGGAACCAAUCGACAAGAAGAAGCUAAAAAACUAAAGAAAGGCAUAAAUAUUCUUGUUGCCACACCAGGACGACUGCUUGAUCACCUACAGAAUACAGAAGGUUUUAUGUAUAAAAAUCUUCAAUGCCUAAUCAUUGAUGAAGCGGACAGGAUCCUUGAUCUAGGAUUUGAAGAAGAGAUGAAACAGAUUGUAAAGCUCUUGCCAAAGAGACGACAAACCAUGUUAUUUUCGGCAACACCCACUCGAAAAACUGAGGACUUGGCCAGAGUUUCCUUGAAAAAAGAACCCCUGUAUGUUGGUGUGGAUGAUGCUAAAGAUCAAGCGACAGUUGAAGGCUUGGAACAGGGCUACAUUGUUUGCCCAGCUGACAAAAGAUUUCUAGUGCUGUUCACUUUCCUCAAGAAAAACAGAACAAAAAAAGUGAUGGUCUUCUUCAGCUCAUGUCUUUCUGUCAAAUACCACAAUGAGCUCCUCAACUACAUUGAUCUUCCUGUCAUGUGUAUUCAUGGUAAACAAAAGCAAGCAAAAAGAACGGAAACAUUUUUCAAGUUCUGCAAUGCAAAAGAAGGUAUUCUUCUGUGCACUGAUGUUGCUGCUAGAGGUCUUGAUAUUCCAGAAGUGGAUUGGAUUGUGCAGUAUGACCCACCUGAUGACCCCAAGGAAUACAUCCACAGGGUGGGACGCACAGCAAGAGGAGAGGGAGGUAGCGGUCAUGCUUUACUGGUGCUUCAGCCUGAGGAACUUGCUUUCUUGCUUCAUCUAAAAAAGAAUAAAGUAGAAUUAAGUGAAUAUGAGUUUUCCUGGUCCAGAAUUGCCAACAUCCAAGAUCAGCUGGAGAAACUUAUCUCCAAAAACUACUUUCUUGACAAGAGUGCCAAGGAGGCUUACAAGGCUUACAUCCGAGCAUAUGCUAGUCACUCACUGAAGAGUGUCUACAAUGUUGAAAAUUUAGAUCUUCAAAAGGUGGCAAAAUCAUUUGGCUUUACAGUCCCACCUUUUGUAGACAUCAAUGUUAAUAGCUCCAGGUCCUCCCAAAAAAGGCAUGCUGCUGGGUACCAACGACCAAAUCAUCUUAAGAAAGCAAAAAUUUUCCAUCAGAAGAUUGGCAAGAAAUUUUCAAGAUAAGACAAUUUUGUGAACUGAAAAAGCCCGGCUGAAAAAAAAAAAAAUUCUUUCCUGAAAAGUGCACCUCCAGUUUUACUGUUUAAAAAUCGGUGUCUUGUCUUGCUGCAUUCAAGUGAAUAAUGAGAUUUCUUUAUUAUAAGUGCAGACACAAAGAACAUAACUAUAGGUGGAUUGUCACAGCCAUAUAACAGCAAAUAAAAAGUGUGCAUAUUGUUCAAACUGAAAAUUCUUGUGUAAGCAAGACAGCAUGCAUGAACAUGCACACAUGUAUGCCUCCAUCAGCUUUUUUUUUUUUAAUCUUCGUAUCUAACAUAAAAAGUCUUCAUUCCUAGACAUUAUGUUGCUAAUAAAGCUUGGGUUGGGAAAAAAUAUUGUAAUGAUUAUGCCACAAACUUGCAUUGUCACACGUUUACCAGGGCAUGAUUAGCUAAGGAAUUGUAAGUAGAAAUCAAAUUUGUGCCAUUGAGAUCUGAGUAAAAAGAGUUUGUUGUUUAGAGAUCACCCUAAACCAUUGUGAGAUUUAUCACCUUGAGGAAAAAAGGUAGUGAUGAAGAAGAAAUAACCACUGAAAAUAAAAUAAUUAAAUCUGC